GCGCUGACAAACGCGCCCUGCCCCGGCUGUUCCGGCGUCGCCAACCAAUCCGCCCCAAAAUGCUAAGGUCCAAGUACGGACGAGAUCCAGGGCCGACACCGAAUGCUCUUCCGCCUGACGCUCGACACGGCCUCGCUACCCUUCCUCGACCACCUCCUCGACGACGACGAGGAUUCGUUGCCCUGGUCUCGACAUCGCCAACCCGCCACCAUGGCCACCGACGCCGCUGCCGACAACGACGCCGCGCUGGCCCCUGUACCCACGAAGCGAUUGAGGUGGGCGACACAGCACAAGAAGGGGAAGCAGGCGAAUCGCACGCGGUCGUCGAUUUUGGAUCGCCUGAACCGCCGGCCGUCGCGCAUGGAGAAGAAGAGGGAGUCGGGCGGGAGCGAAGCUAUGAGCGCUGGUGGGGAUAAUGGAGAUAUAAGGGAGGACCCUGAGGAGGCCGAGACACAGGGGGAGGGCGAGGGUCAGCGGAAGGUGCACUUCAACAUCCCGCUGCCGCCGGAUGCGCUGGACGAGGACGGAUCGCCGGCGACGACGUAUCCGAGGAAUAAGAUCCGGACGGCGAAGUAUACGCCGCUGAGUUUCCUGCCGAAAAAUAUUUGGCUGCAAUUUCACAAUAUCGCGAAUGUGUACUUUUUUAUCCUUAUUAUCCUAACAAUUUUCACCAUCUUCGGCGCAUCGGAUCCAGGACUCAACGCUGCGCCGCUGAUUGUUAUUGUCUUCGUCACGGCGAUCAAGGAUGGUGUCGAAGAUUAUAGGCGGUCGAAUCUCGACGAUGAAUUGAAUAACUCGGCUGUCCAUAGACUGGUCGAAUGGAAUAAUGUCAAUGUGGACACCGACGAUGUGUCGCUGUGGAGGAGGAUCAAGAAGUCCACGACCCGAUUCAUAUCGGCUGCGUGGAAGGCGAUAUCAGCCCUCUGGGCGAAGAAGAAAGAAUCGGACGAAGAAGACAAACCGGCUGCGCCGAGGGGAUCGUUUGAAACUAUCGCGACUAGGAGAGCGUCCACCUACUCGACACGUAGCGACAAGCGCAUAUCGUAUGCCGAUGCGGGUGAGGAUAUUCAGAUGACGCCAGUUCCGUCACCUUUACCCCGGGAACAAGGCCUGGCUCCUCCAUCUUCGGAUGGGCGUCCAACCACAGCAAUGUCAUUUGAGGGACAGACGCCGCAGAGGAAGAACUUUGGUAGUCUGAUCAACCCCAGCGUACCAGCUUCGGGCAAGGCUCGAUUCCACAAGGAUUACUGGAAGAACGUUCAAGUCGGUGACUUCGUCCGUAUCUACAACGACGAUCAAUUGCCCGCAGAUGUGGUUAUUCUUUCCACGUCCGACCCGGAUGGCGCUUGUUAUGUUGAGACCAAGAACCUCGACGGAGAGACAAACUUGAAGGUGAGGCAUGCUCUCCAAAGCGGGAAGCAGAUCAGACACGCGCGCGACUGCGAGAGAACCGAGUUCGUCAUCGAGAGCGAGCCGCCGCACGCCAACCUCUACCAGUACAGCGCCGCAGCGCGCUGGACACAAUACAACGAGAAGAACCCAGAUUCCGCCGGCGAGCACAUGGUCGAGCCGAUUGGCAUCAACAAUAUGCUGCUCCGUGGCUGCAAUCUGAGGAACACGGAAUGGGUCCUCGCAGUGGUGGUCUUCACCGGUUUCGACACCAAAAUCAUGAUCAACUCUGGAUUCACGCCAAGCAAGCGCUCUCGCAUCACGCGCGAGCUCAACUGGAACGUCGUCUACAAUUUCGGCAUCCUGUUCUUCAUGUGCUUGAUUGCGGCGUUGGUUGAGGGUGUGGCGUUUAGCAAGGAUGGGACGAGUAUCAAGCAUUUCGAGUUUGGAUCUAUCGGAGGGUCGCCGGGGACGAAUGGAUUAAUCACUUUCUUUGCCGCGCUCAUCCAUUUCCAGAAUUUGGUACCUAUUUCCCUGUACAUCUCGCUGGAAAUCAUCAAGACGCUACAGGCGUUCUUCAUUUACAGCGACAUUGAGAUGUACUACGAGAGGCUUGACUAUCCUUGCACCCCGAAAUCGUGGAAUAUCUCUGAUGAUCUCGGACAAAUCGAAUACAUCUUUUCCGACAAGACGGGCACGCUGACACAGAACGUGAUGGAGUUCAAGAAAGCUACUAUUAAUGGCCAUCCCUACGGAGAAGCGUACACCGAAGCCCAGGCCGGCAUGCAAAAGAGGCAGGGCAUCGACGUUGCGGAAGAGUCCGAGAGGGUGCGUGCUGAAAUCGCCGACGCACGCAAGCGGAUGUUGGCGAGUCUCCGCAAACUACACGACAACCCCUACCUCCACGACGACGACCUGACCUUUAUUGCACCUGAUUUCGUCACCGAUUUAGCCGGCGAAUCGACUCGCGAACAACAACUAGCUUGCGAGAAAUUCAUGCUCGCGCUUGCCCUCUGCCAUACCGUCAUCUCCGAGACCACACCUGGAGACCCUCCCCGCAUCGAGUUCAGGGCCCAGUCGCCUGAUGAGGCGGCCCUGGUUGCUACGGCGAGAGAUGUCGGGUACACGGUUCUUGGGAAUUCAAUGGAUGGGAUCCAUCUGAAUGUCCAGGGAGAGGAGAGGUCAUACAAGGUCCUGAACACGCUAGAGUUCAACUCCACACGUAAGCGUAUGAGUGCUAUUAUCGAGAUGCCCGACGGAAAAAUCGUUCUCUUCUGCAAGGGCGCGGAUAGUAUGAUCUACUCCCGUCUCAAGCGUGGAGAGCAACCUGAGCUGCGCAGGGAGACGGCGGAGCAUCUGGAGAUGUUUGCGAGAGAGGGGCUGAGGACGCUGUGUAUUGCGGAGAGGGAACUCGAUCCUGCUGAGUACAGCAAGUGGAACCAGGAGUACGAGGUUGCGUCGUUUACGAUUCAGAAUCGUGAGGAUAAGAUGGAGGCGGUGGCGGAUUCGAUAGAGCGCGAUUUGACGCUAUUGGGUGGCACUGCUAUUGAAGAUAGGCUGCAGGAGGGUGUGCCGGAUACGAUUGCACUCCUUGCUAAUGCGGGUAUCAAGCUUUGGGUCCUCACUGGCGAUAAGGUCGAGACUGCUAUUAAUAUUGGAUUCUCGUGUAACCUCCUCAACAACGACAUGGAGCUUAUCGUGUUCAAGUUUGAGGAUGAGCAGUUGUCUACAGCUGAAGCAGAGCUCGAUAAACAUCUCGCAUCGUUCGGUAUUACUGGAUCUGAUGAAGAACUCAAAGCCGCCAAGAAGAACCACGAGCCCCCUGCACCGACGCACGCCAUCGUCAUCGACGGAGACUCCCUCAAACUCGUCCUGGAUGAUCAGCUGCGACAGAAAUUCCUGCUUCUCUGCAAGCAGUGCAAGUCAGUUCUUUGCUGCCGUGUCAGUCCCGCGCAGAAAGCUGCUGUCGUCUCUAUGGUCAAGGUCGGGCUUGAUGUUAUCACGCUGUCUAUUGGCGAUGGAGCCAACGAUGUUGCUAUGAUCCAAAAAGCCGAUAUUGGCGUUGGUAUUGCAGGAGAGGAAGGUCGUCAAGCCGUCAUGUCGUCUGAUUACGCUAUUGGCCAAUUCCGUUACUUGCAGAGACUUGUCCUCGUCCACGGCCGCUGGUCGUAUCGCAGGUUGGGAGAGACGAUUGCGAACUUCUUCUACAAGAAUAUUGUGUGGACGUUCUCGCUGUUCUGGUAUCAGAUCUUUUGCGACUUCGACAUCAGCUACCUAUACCACAUCACAUACAUCACUCUCUUCAACCUGGCCUUCACUUCGCUGGCUGUCAUUUUAAUGGGUGUGUUGGACCAGGACGUCAGCGACAAGGUCUCGCUGGAAGUGCCACAGCUCUACCGACGUGGCAUCGAGCGCAAGGAAUGGACGCAGAGGAAAUUCUGGCUGUACAUGCUUGACGGCUUCUUCGGCUCAGUAAUCUGCUUCUUCAUGGCAUACCUCCAGUUCCGCGGUGGCAACGUCGUCACUGUCAACGGCCUCGUCCUCGACGACAAAGACCGCUUCGGCGUGUACGUCGGGUCCGCGGCCGUCGUCGUGAUCAACAUCUACAUCCUCAUGAACAGCUACCGGUGGGACUGGCUGAUGGGCCUCAUCGUGGUAAUCAGCAUCCUAUUAAUCUUCUUCUGGACAGGCGUCUACUCGGCCUUCACCUCGGCGUCCUUCUUCUACGAAGCCGCGCCCCAAGUCUUCGGCCAAGCCACCUUCUGGGCCGUCACCGCCCUCUCCGUAGUCAUCUCCCUCAUGCCCCGCUUCUGCAUCAAGUUCGUUCAGAAGGCCUACUUCCCCUACGACGUGGACGUCAUCCGCGAGCAAGUCCUGCUGGGGAAAUUCGCCCACCUCGACCCUGCCAGCGCCGCCACAGACGGCAAGAAGUCCGGCAAGGGCGCAAGCGGAUCCUCCUCCACUGGUUCAUCAGGUAUCGUUGCAAAGCCGAUUGCCCCCACCACCGUCACCGCCACCGGCCGCAGCCGCGUCGGCAGCAACGCCACCGACUUCACGCACCACCACCGCCAGAGCCUGGAGCCGCCACUCGUGCCGAGAAUGUCGAUGGAUCGCCCGAGGCCGUCGUAUGAUCGCAUUCGUGCGUCGAUGGAUCAGUUGAGGCCGAGUUUCGAGCAGAGUGGGGAUCUCACGUCGGCGGCGAUGCUGACGAGGAUGGAGAGUAGUCACUAUUCGGUUACGCCGGUGCAGAGUCGGAAGUAGGGGAAAUCGACGCGACCCAAGUGAUGGCGACGCUGUAUCUAUGAUAUUUAUAUUACAACAAAAUAAUCCUGCGCUGCGGGUUGGCACUGGCGCCACCACCACCACCGAUGGAGGGAAGGCGGACUUUUUACAAAGCGGGUGUUAUAGACAUACCUUUUUCAUUUUUUUGGACAUACCCACUUUACCGAAUAUAUAGCGCGUUGCUAUGUUCUUAUUUAUUUUUUUGAAGAGAGAUGCACUUUAAAAAGGGGGGAUCAUGAGCUGGGGGGGUGGGGUGGAUUUAUAUAGGUCGUGAGCGGGGGAUGGAGGAUGGAGUUUGGAUUGAGAUUUUGUAUAUUAGAUCAUUGGCAUUUUUGUGGUAGCGGCUCAUUUGUUUAGGG